GACGCACAAGAGGAGAAAGGGAUCCCGUUCCGCCGGACAGAGGGAAACUAUAUUACUUGCGUUCUCCAAACAUCAGAGGUGAUGUUUGAAGAAGAGCCGAUGCAAGAGGAGCCCAGCUCCCCGGAGUCUCCAGUGGACAGUCUGGGGAACAGCGAGGAGGAGCCAGACAGGCGACAGCAGAAGCGCUGCAGCAGGAAAAGACGCCAGAGCAGAAAGAGCGGCGAGGACGCGGAUAGCCCAACGCCCGGGAAGCGGAGCAAAAAGCGCAGCAACAGCAACAGCGGCAGCAACAGCGGCAGCGGCAGCCCUCAGUCUCUGGAGGACCUGCAGACGCAGCGCGUCAUGGCGAACGUGCGCGAGCGUCAGAGGACUCAGUCCCUAAACGAAGCGUUCGCGUCGCUGCGCAAAAUCAUCCCCACGUUACCCUCGGACAAGCUCAGCAAAAUACAGACGCUCAAGCUCGCGGCUCGGUACAUCGAUUUCCUGUGCCAGGUCCUGCAGAGCGACGAGCUGGACUCCAAAAUGUCCAGCUGCAGUUACGUGGCGCACGAGAGACUCAGCUACGCGUUUUCCGUCUGGAGAAUGGAGGGCGCGUGGUCCAUGUCAACAUCCCACUAACGCACUGAUGCGCGCUUUCGGUGCAGCAUGAUUUUCGGCCUUGAGCAUCGAGUCAGAGGAGCUGAACUCACUGGAAGAGCGACACCAAACAAUGGCGAACAUAAGGAUUUAUAAAGGGAAGGUUCUGGAGCGCCAUGACGUCGUUGCGAGCACUUACAGUUGUGAACCACGACAUGCACCAGGAAUUACAAUCAGAUCUGUGCUGUUGUGACGGUGAAUGUGGAAAACAUGUGCUUCUGUCUGUAGACCAACAGAGAGACUCGCUGCAGCAAGAGACGCCGCGCUUCUGACAGCAACCGGCGUCGUAUUUAUUACAGAACGAAUGAAGGAAAUAUGGAAGAAACUCGGCUCAUAACACUUUCUUUGACUGGUCCUAGAAAAGACAUUUAUUUAUUUAUUAUCGAUUUUCACAAUGCAGAAUAGAUCUGGUGUCUAUGCAUUUUCUAUUUUAAAUACGAUGUAAAUAUGUGUAUAUUUUC